UGUUGCCGUUGUCCACAGCUGGUUAGCAUUUCUAUUGUCUUUCUUAUGAGAGGUAUAUCCGUUUCAAUCUUUACCUCCUUUUUUAUUCCCUCAGAAAUCUCAAAUUUUCAUAGUCCACCAUGGCGGACGAGCAAGAGAUAAUGUGCAAGCUAGAAAACAUCAAAGAAAUAAGGAAUAAGACAAUUCAGAUGGAGAAGAUCAAAUCUCGACUGAGGAGUGAGUUUGAAGCUCUGGAGUCAGAGGAGAAGCACCUGAGAGAGUACAAACAGGAAAUGGAUCUUCUGCUGCAGGAGAAAAUGGCUCAUGUAGAGGAGCUGCGUCUCAUACAUGCUGACAUUAAUGUGAUGGAAAACACUAUCAAACAGUCUGAAAGUGACUUGAACAAAUUGCUGGAGACUACCAGACGUCUCCACGAUGAAUACAAGCCACUGAAAGAACACGUGGAUGCCCUGAGGAUGACCCUCGGCUUACAGAGACUCCCCGACCUCAGCCAGGAAGAGGAGAAGCUGUCAUUGGACUACUUUGAAAAGCAAAAAGCUGAGUGGCAGACAGAACCCCAGGAGCCUCCUAUCCCAGAAUCCCUUGCAGCAGCGGCAGCUGCAGCCCAACAGCUUCAAGCUGCACGGAAACAAGACGUCAGGCAGACAGCGACAUUCCGCCAGCAGCCACCACCUAUGAAGGCUUGUCUCUCCUGCCACCAGCAAAUUCACCGGAAUGCACCGAUCUGUCCUCUCUGCAAAGCCAAGAGUCGCUCACGCAACCCUAAAAAACCCAAGAGAAAACCAGACGAGUAACAUGCACAGAGAAAGCUUAACACACACAACCGCAACAGGAAAAAAAUUACUAAAAUAAAACACACUCACUUACACUCUCAUGCAUGCACAUUUCCAAACACACACACUGACAGUUCCCAUGGUUCCACACAGUCACUGUGCAUCUAUACACACUUAACUGAUAUAAAGAACCAUCUGCAAUCUGAUAACUUGACCUCUUAUAGUGAUCCUGUAGUUAAUCUGUCUUCCUGCUUCAGUGGACAUGAGGUGUCAGUUUUUCAUUUUGUUUUUAUAUAAGUCAAACUUAAUAUUGUGAUAUUGUCUGUAUUUAGUCCGUAGUGGAAAUGGAUGCUGGUUUAGAAAUAUUGAGGUGUACUAUUCUGUGUGGGGUUUAAUUCUAGUGCAUUAGUUUAAACUAAAUUCUCUAAAGUGACUUUAGUCAAUAGAGCCGUUUGUACGGUGUUCAGUUAUGCUUAAACUGGUCUUUAAUUAUUUUAAUGUCUUUAAUGUUUCUCCUCAUGAUAACAGUGCAAAUAGUUUUUCUUGUAUUAUGUAACCAUGACUGUCCCAGAUCAUGUCAGUGUUGUAGAAUGGCUUGAGGGCCGUUCACACAAGGUUUAAAUGGAAAGCAUCAGAAUUUUACUUCUCUAAAAAAUUUGGUGCUAAUUGCAUAAGAUGCCGAAAAGACUGAAAAGCUGUUGAACCAAUUAUUGCCAGUUAUAUAUUAAUGCAGACUAAUUGCAAAAACGUGUGAACAGCCCUUUUAGAAGUAAAAUUAUUACGGAACGCCAGUUAAAUGAGAAUUCUUAAGCUUGAGUUCUAAUAGAACUAUCAUUCAGUUUGAGCAAAUGAGGUGUUACUUUGUGUUUUGGAGUUUGACUGAAGGGGCAUUAAGAACUUUCAGAAUGUUCAGUAUUGAAUCGUGUUAAUGUCUCAUCUUUUCUGAGAGUCCGUUUUUUAAUAAUUAAAACCUGUGAACUAAUAAACUUGUGUAUCUCGUCAAGAUGAA